AUGCUUGAAAACUUCAGAAAACGAUUAUUCUACAGAAAGGCGCUUCAAACAGUUCUAUUCUCAGGUAAUAAUAAUAACAGUUCUAUCACGUUGUACCGCCGGUUUUUCUCAUUUCCCAUCGAAACUUGUUGAUUUUUUGCUUCUUACUACUUUGUAUUAGUCUAUGGCGUAUUUUGAAGCUGAAUUUAUGCAGAUUUUGUCAAAUUUUCAACACACUUCUUCGUGUCCGUCAUUUUCCCUUUUUCUCCCUCUCAAUUUCCUCCAAUUUACUUUGUUUUUUUUGCAGGGGAAAUGCAAGCACAACAGCAGCUGAAAUCAGGCGGGGAUAUUCCGAAAAUAUCGCCGAACCGCACGGGCCUCAAUUCGCGUCGAUCGAUCAAUAACGGCGGGAGCAAUGCGAAAAAGUGCACGGGCGGUGCGGCUCCGUUUCUGGCGACCGACGUGACCACUCUGGACAUUAACACCAUGUUUCAGUCGAAGAAAUUGAAGAGGAAUGGAGCCGAACGGCCUGCGGUCGGAAGUGCGCCCAGCACGCCCACGCAAAACUCUUAUCAGGUUGGAAAUGGAAAAUUGACCAAUUUCUCCGCGAAAUUCAAAAUUUAACCCUAUUUUUCAUGUUUUUCGUCGAAAAUCACACAAAUUCUGUACGACUUACGCGAUUGCGCAUAUUUUGAGCAUAAAAAUUUCAAAAUUCAUUCAGAAAUAAAUAACUUACAUUGCUUUUGAGUUUUUUUGCUGAAAAUGCGCGAAUUUGAGUCAUUAUUGCUGCUGGAACGCUCAAAAUUAUUUCCGACACUAAUUUUGUCGGAAAAUUGUUCGGUUUGGCCGGAAUAUGCGACAAACGUUUCGAACGUGGCGUUUUUACGGAAAUUGCAAUGUCUACUUCUUCAAAUGCAUCGACCAUCAAAUUCGUCGAUUUUUGAUUCAAAAAGAGCUGAAAUUGCAGAAGUUUCCCGAAAACCCGUCUCAUUUUAAACAUUUGGCCCGCGGCGAGUCGCGUAUGCAUCAGUUCACUUUCUCGCUUCAUUUUUAAGAAAUCUCAUUUUUCAGUCGUCGGCGUUCAACUUCCCGACGUACCUGAAUCCGACGUCGCUCUACUCGAACCUGGAUCUGAUGCACGCGGCGUCCGGAGGGGACCAUCUGCCGCCGCUGAUGAGCGUUCCCGCCUACAAACCCAACAAUUUCAUGCACGCAUUCGGCACCGGCGACACGAAUCCUUUGGAUUUCGCACAGUUUACUGGUGAGAACAAAUUUUGUUUUGAGAAAAGGCAUUUUAUUAAUUGAAAGAUGCCUUUAAAGAAAAUCAAUUAAAGUUUCUUCAUUUUGAUGGCGGUGAACGAAGUGGUUCCUCUCUUGCUGCUCGGGUAGAAAUUGUGGUAGAGGGAGACGGUAAAGUCGGCGCAAGUCUCACAUGUCCUUCUUCGGAUAGUCCUUGAGAAUUCCGGUGAAAUGGCUCCCAAUCGCCAGAUUAUUGUCGAUGAGGAGCUGAAAUUACUUACUUGUUUUUUCUACUCGAAAGCGUUUAAAAAAAUACCCCUGUCAGUCUCAGCAGUGGGGUCGCGCUCGUCAUGUCCAACGUGAUGUUCACGAGCUGAUUCUCCAACGCGUAAUACCGGAGAAAGGUGUCUUCGCGAGGAUUACCUGAGAUUCCGCCACGGAUCACCAGAUGUUUAGCCCUUUGCACAAUAUCCAACCUAACAACGUCGGAACAGCAUGGUGCAAGAGCUCGAGCUUCUCGAAACUGUGGUCCUUAAUCCGAUCGAACCACUCGUCGGAGUACAUGUGCAGAUCCCACGUGAGAUUCUCGCAUCUCACGAGCUCGAACGGAUCACGGCAUCGGUUCAACGUCAGAUGUUUCACCUCGCUCUUCAAAAAGUGCGCGAGAUAGAUCCGCGCCACGUCCUUCUCCGUGUACAUCAACGUAACCUCGGGCGCCAACCGACACGACACAGCCACGUUGUCCGUCCUGAAGAUCUUCUUGAGCGAAUCGUACGACCACAUACGGGUAGAAGACAUGAUCGAGUGAAUUGGAAACGGUUAGAAUGGGAGAAAAGGAAUAAAGGACCUGUGGAGGAGUAGGCCAACGAAUGAAUGAGGGAUGUAAUGUGAGUGGAGUGCACAUUGCACACCUGUUGCAAGGUUAGGCGUACGGUAGAAAUUACAAAACUACGAAACGAAAAAAUGUUGAGUUUCCCGGCAAAAACCCAAUAUCCGCGCCCCUUAACGCUCCAAUAUUUGCAGAAGAGUUGAACGCGCUCCAGUCGAUGUCCUCGUUCCCGACAAGCUCUCCGAUGUCGCUCCAAUCGCUGUUCUGUUCGGAAACGUCGCCGUUCCUGUCGGGAUUCCACCAGCAGCAUCAGCAGAAGAACGGUCUCCUCCACCAAACGAUGGGACCGGCCCUAUCGACAGUCUCCUCCUCCUCCACGUCCCGUUCGCCGAACGGACGCAAGAAUCGGAUGGUCGAGGUGAAAACGAUCAACGAUCGACCGGUCAUUGUGGUCAGCGAUCCGACAGCCGCCUCCGCAGCCGCUCGUUCUACCAUCGUCCAGCUCAAUCGCAACGUUUUGGGCAUUUUGAAGGGGUUGCAAGCGAUCAAGAAACGGCCGACUUCGCAAGAAGCACUCUACUCGCGGAAGGUGUUCAUCGGAGGACUCCCGAUUGAUGUCACUGAAGGUUUGUGCGGAGAAUAUCCAAAAUUCGUGAAAUUUCGGUUCAAAUUGCGAAAAGUCCUGUACCUUACGCGAUUUGACAAAAAAUCAUUGAAAAUCUUGCAAUUUUCCACAUGAAAUCGCUUGCAGAAGAGGUGUGGACGACGUUCGGAUCGUUCGGAAAAGUGCUCGUCGACUGGCCGCGCCGCCCCGAACACGGAUCUCGCGGCGACUAUUUCGACAUGGAAAUGGGACGUCGCAACUGUAAAACUCCACUGUUCAAGUCGAAAUUUGCGAAUUACUCUGAUUUUCAGCCCGUUCGGUGUCCGGAUACGUGUUUCUCGUGUUCCAGAAUGAGCAAUCCGUGCAGGAACUCGUGAAUGCCUGCGAGUUUUACGAGAACAAGUAUGGAUUUAUCGUUUUUUUUCAGUGCAUUUGCAGUGUUGUCUUGCAGAUACUACCUCCAACUGUCCUCGCCGACAAUGAGCGACAAAGCGGUGCAAGUGCGUGCGUGGCGCCUCUCGGAUAUUGAUUAUUUCUGCGACGAGAAGUCGUUCGUCGACCACCGCCGCACCGUUUUCAUUGGCGGAGUGCCACGUCCGACGCGCGCCUCCGAUCUUGCCAGAUGUCUCGAGGAACACUACGGAAAGGUGUCGUACGUCGGCAUCGACAUUGAUCCGGAACUGAAGUACCCGAAAGGAGCCGCCCGUGUCACUUUUGCCACGGCUCAAUCGUUUGUGAGAGCCAUCUCGGGACGAUUUGUGCAGGUCACCCACGCGGACACCAAUAAACGAGUAGGUUUUUCCAGGAAAAUUGUGAUUUUGAAGAAAAUCCACGAUUGUGCGCCAAUUUCAAGCAAUUUAUUGAGUUUCGACUAUUUCAGGUGGAAAUCAAGCCGUACGUGAUGGAGGAUCAGUACUGCGACGAGUGCCAGGGAAAACUGUGCAAACACAACUACGCGCCCUACUUUUGCGGCGAUCCCGCGUGUCUGCAGUACUAUUGUGAAGCCUGCUGGGACCGCAUGCACUACGAAAUGAGCGAACUGCGCAGCGAGCAUCGGCCGAUGGUCCGCACUGGAGAUCAGACGCGGGUGAGCGGCAUUUGAAUAGAUUUACAAUAUUAUUUAUGCUUCAGAUUCUGCCACGUCCACCGCAUCACUCCUCUGCGCAUUUCCAUCACCGUCAGCAACAGAACCACCACCAACUGCAUCAGAAUGCGGAGAGCACGUCGUUUAUCUCGAGAAUCGUCAAUCGCCAUCACUCUUCCCCGAAUACCGGAACCGCGAAACCGUUUUCCGCGAUCCCAACCGCUAUUGGAUAUUGA